CUCAUUACUCAACACAGAAAAAGUCUCCUCUCGAGAAGUUGUAAGAAAACUAAAAAAGAGAAAGCAAUCCAUCCAUCCGAGAUCGAGAGAGGGAUGUCGACGGUGGCCGGAUUGCCGAAAUUCAUGGUGCUGAAAUCCAAGUCCGACGGGAAAUACCUGCACUACCUCUGGAACGACGACUCCUUCGGGCCUUACGUCAACGACCUGGGAUGCAAGCGACUCCUGGACCCGCUCAGCCCUUUCGUGAAGCUGGAGGUCGUCCCGUCCGGAUCCGAUCCGGCCCAUCUGAUCCACCUCCGCUGCUGCCACAACAACAAGUUCGUGAAGCUCGACAGCAGGUACGGCGUGUCCUGGAUCUCCGCCACCGCCAACGGACCGGACGAGAGCACGGCCCGGUCCACCUGCACCCUCUUCCGGCCCAUCUUCCCGCCGGGCGAGCCCAACACGGUCGGGCUCCUGCACGUGCAGACCAACUGCCACGUGCGGACAUUCUUCAACCAGGGCUACAACGACGAUAUCAACGGGGUCGCUUGCGCCUACUCCAACGACGGCCAAGGCAUGCACCGGUUCGAGUUCGCGGCUUGGGAAUCGUACGACGAGAAGAUGGCGUCCAAAGAAGGCGAGACCCGGCAGCUGAGAGCGUCUAACGUGGCGAAUAUGAAUGCUAAAGACGUCGAGAUCCGGCAGCUGAGAGCGUCUAACGCUGCGAAUAUGAGUGCCAAAGACGGGGAGAUCCAGAAGCUUAGAGCGUCUUAUGAGGAGAAGAUGAAGGCUAAAGAUGAUGAGAUCCAGAAGCUGAAAUAUCAGGGCAAGGGCGGUGGCGGCGGCAGCGAUGAGUGUCUGCAAGCUGAUGAGAUAGUGGCGGAGCUGCGGAUGGAGAUAGCGGAGCUGAAAGUGCAGCUGGAAGAUGCGUGCAGGGAGAUUGACGAGUUGAAAGCAGCAUCCGGCUAGUGAUCAUUGCCUAAUCGAUGUCUCAUCGACGGCAUAAACUCUAAUAUACCAAUAUAACAAGCGAAAUGAAAUGGUGGGUUUAUGACAUCGAAUUGUGAAAAACUGUAUUUACUGUCGUUGUUGGCUUACUGGGACAAUAAUUUAUUGGGAAUACC